AGCUUCACGACCGCACAUAUUGGUCUUAUGGUCUAUGUGUUAAAGAGCCUCUUCGAGGUCAAGGGCGAUCUGCACGAGCAGAUGGUCAGGAAUGUGCCUAUGCUUUCGGACAACAAGCUUCCGGGCUUGCACGCUCGGUCAACCUAUGAUGUUGAGAGCGGGCAACUGGCCGAUCACUGGCUUGUUCGAGUUCGUCAAGAAAGCAUGGGUCUCAUGAGCACAAAAAGUUCGGCAACGGUGUCACGGAGUAGAUGCUGAGGCAGCCGCUCGAGCAGACUGCCGUGCGCUGUAAGGGGUGGUUGUGUGAGCGGAAUUGGUCCGUGGAAAAUGAUGGAAUGCGUCUACUAGGUACUAAGUCCCGACAAAAAGCAACCCCUAGUCAGUCUUCAGCCGUACGCCAGGAUGAAAACUUGCGAGCACCCAGGCCCCGCAUCAGAUCAACCGCGCCUCGUCGUAAUACGAUAAAGACAAAAGCACACAAUAUGGGGCGCACGGGCCAGGCA